UGAAAUAGUUUGUCGCUGGCUUCGUUUUAGCCCUUUCACGGGGUUGUGAGGGAUGUCUUUCGCAAUUUUUCUGUUGUCUUGUUUCCCGGCGAGCAAUGUCGGGAUGGGAUUGUGCUCCGCUGCGAGGCCUUUUUCUUUAGAUUUGACACAGCUUUGUUGUUAGGUGGUUAGCUUGUUGUUUAGAUGUCGAGGGCAAGCAUGAUGUAACUGUCACUAUUGUUAGAUAACUGUGCAGAUCUAUAAAUAACCUAUGAGACUUUAGCAAAGCAGUUAGACGGUCGUUGGCUAUCAACUUGGAUCAGAUUUAGAUAGCAUCGUUAGCUAGCUUCAUCCCCACUGCAUCGUUUAUUCUCGGUACAGUGUCAGCAUUAGCAUGUUAGUGGCUAACUUCAGUUCAUGCUAGCGAGGACAAAGGGGAUCCUAGUACCAACCACACCAAGUCGAUUUUUCUAUUUUGUACAUACAGAGUUUUGUAUAUACUGUAUAUGAUGAGCUCGCUGGGCGGCGACAAGGCCCGGGGCCCUCGGGAAAAAGCGCUGCCUGCUGCCACUCACACAUCACAACCACAGAAACAGAUACAGGCUACUGCUGAGCAGAUUCGGCUUGCCCAGAUGAUCUAUGACAAGAAUGAUGCUGACUUUGAGGACAAAGUUAACCAGCUGAUGGAGGUGACUGGGAAGAACCAGGAUGAGUGCAUGGUUGCGCUCCAUGACUGCAAUGAGGAUGUUAGCAGAGCCAUCAACUUCCUCCUGGAGAGCACCUCGGACAUGACCUCAUGGGAGACAGUGGGGAAGAAGAAACCACUGGUGAAGGAGGGUCUCUCAGAAAGCAAGGAGAACAAGGAGAACAGGGAGAAGAAAGGCGAGAGGGAGGCAAGCAAGGGCCGCGUGGCUACCAACCGCAAGGGCAAAGGGGCCAGUCGCAGCCGACAGGCACGUCCAGAGGAGAAUGGUGUUGAGGUGACACCAGUGGACAGAGGUUCAGACCGAGGUCGGAGGGUCAAAGGUGGCCGAGGAUCAGGAGGUCGAGGCAGAGGCAGGGCACCAGCAGGGAGCCGGUUCUCAGCCCAGGGCAUGGGGACUUUCAAUCCUGCGGACUAUACCUCAGAGGCUGGUACAGGGACCACACAAACUGAGGUGUGGGACACGGUGGCCAACAACAGUACAGAUGGGACAGUUGCCUGGAGGAGUACCUUGGAAGACUGGGCAGCUGAGGACUGGAGUGAGGAUGUUAGUCUCUCUGAGACCAAAGUGUUCACCUCCUCAUGUGCACCUGCUGCUGAGAACCACAUAACACCUGGGCAAAGUCUGGACCUCGCCUCUUUGCUGCAGAAGCCUGUUGUUGGAGGAAGAGAACCACCCUCCUCUUCUUCCUCUCAGAGUCUGGUCUUCACCAACUCCCACCACCAUCAGCCACCGCAGCAGCAACAGCAGCCGCCCCCCAGCCGCAACACCCCUGGUAGCACAAGCUACGCACAUGCUGCUCUGUCAUCAGUUCUGGGAGCUGGUUUUGGCGACUUGGGCCAGGCCAAGAGGCCUCAGCCCAGCGCCGGAGCUCAGAUACUAGAACAGCUGAAGGGUCCUGGCUUGGGUCCGCUACCGUCAUCCCAGGCCGUGCCUCCUGCCAGCACCCAGGGAAGCAACACCUCCAUUGGCCGACUGCCAGGCCUGGGAGCACCUGUACCUCCGCCCUCCUCCUCUAGCUGGGACAUGAAGGCUUCAGAAUCCAACACCACCUCGCUGUCUUCACAGUUCAGCCGUGAGUUUGGCCUGCAACCAGAGCCCUCUCUUGUGCUGAGCCAGCUGGUUCAGAGGCACACCGGCCCCUCCUUGCCUCUGGCACGUCAACCCAGUCCUCCAUCGCAACAGCAAUCACCCCCUGCUUCAGCCUCGCCUGCUCCCCAGCACACCAGCACACCAGCACAGGCAGGCCCAGUGAUGACUGUUGCUGGUGUUAAACCUCCUGCCCCCAGCGCAGGGCUGGACCCUCAGGGCGGCAGUACACCACAGCAGCAACGGGCACAACUCAAAGGCCAGAAACGAAGGAUACCUCCCACAUCGAAGAUCCCCUCCACGGCGGUAGAGAUGCCAGGCUCAGCUGACGUACCUGGUCUAAACCUCCAGUUUGGAGCUCUAGACUUUGGCUCGGAGUCGGCAUUGCCAGAUUUUGGAGUUGUGGACAAUUGUGUGAGUUCAGCUUCCAGGGAGUCCACUCCAGCCCCCGCCCCAGCAGCACCUGCACCAGGACCAGGGACACAGAGCCAGACGAGCCUGUACUCCAAGCCGCUCAGUGAGUCGCUGGGCAGCCCUCUAUCUGUUGCCCUGCCCCUGCCCCUCUCUUCAUCAGAGCCAGUAUAUCACUCCUCUUCGGUGGCGUUGUCCAGCCUCACCCCCUCCUCAAUAGGGACUGCCAGCUCCACCAAUCCUCCUUCCUCCUCUUCGACAACUUCCACCACCACCUCCUCUGUACCCACCUCCUCCCCCUUCUCCACAAUGGGUGGAAGUUAUGAUGGGACCAUGCCCCCUCAUUCACGACUGGCCUUUUCCCAGAGCAAAGAGGCCACAGGGCCAGUCAUGAAUGGUCUGAAUGGUGUAAGGACCUCUGCUGCUUUAGACACUUCAUCAGCGUCCUCCACACCAAAGCCAGAGUCGCCAUCUCUGAACAUCAGCACCAACGGUCCCCCAGCACCCUCCUCCCACUUACCCUCCACCCUGCCUACACACAGCUCGGCCACUCUCUCCAACCUGGCACAGGACCUGCCCUCAGCGAGCCAGCUCAACUCACUCAACAGCCACGUCAGCAGUCAUUCCUCAGUUUCAGGUCUGGGCUCCAGCUCUCUCACUUACACCAGUGUUGACGGCAGCAGUGUGAGCUCUCUGGCUCCCUCCUCUGGCUCCUACACGUCAUCACAGGUCUCAGCCUCAGCGCUCCACUCGACCCACAACAGCAGCAACAGUAGCAGCAGCAUCAGCCACCUGGCCAACAUGCCCAACAUGGGCAGCCACAUGAGCAGCACAGUCGGCGGUAUAGCCGGAACCAGCGUACUUCACUCUGCUGCCACCGCCGCCAGCAGCACAGUGCUGGGACUUGGCUCCAAUGGAGCUACUGCCACGUCCAACCUCUCUGCACCAAGGACCACACCCCUGCUCUCUUCCUCCACCGGUAAAGCUCCACCUAACCUGUCCCAGGGAGUGCCUCCUUUACUGCCCAACCAGUAUAUCAUGGGCCCAGGGGGGUUGCUGCCAGCAUACCCACAGAUCUAUGGCUACGAGGACCUCCAUAUGCUCCAGUCUAGACUGCCAAUGCCCUCUUUGCAGGAUUACUAUGGAAUCACAUUCCCUGGCCCCACAGCGACUCUCUCUGGCAGAGAUGGAAGCCUAGCCAACAACCCCUACUCAGGUGAAGUCACAAAGUUUGGCAGGAACGACUCCACCUCCCCGGCACCCCCCACAAGCCUGGCAGCCCAACAGCCUCCCCAGGGCCAGAACCAAGGACAGAGCCAGGCCCAGCCACAGCCUCCUCAGGCCCAGCCUCAGCCCCAGGGCCAGCCGCAGCACCACAGCAGUCAGCAGGCCUUUCUGCCACCAGGCUACAGCUACACAGGCCUGCCUUACUACCCCGGAGUGCCCGGCGCCGUACCCAGUGCUGCUGCCUUCCAGUAUGGCCCCACCAUGUUUGUUCCUCCCGGGGGCCCAGGACCAGCCUCGGCCAAGCAGCACAGCAUGGGUCUUGGCCUGGGAAACCCCUCGGCCAGCCCCUUUCAGCAGCAGACACAGCAGCAGCCCAGCGGUUACGGCCAGCACACCUUCAGCUCAGGGUACGAGGAGCUGACAGCGGGGCCAGCAGGAGUGGACUACAGUAAAGGCUACAACUCCUCCUCACAGGCACAAGCCAAAUCUGCUGCUACUGGGCCUGGAAAAGGCGUCUCAGUGACGUCCAGUAACUCGGGCGUGCCAGACAUCAGUGGAAGUGUUUACAAUAAGACCCAGUCUUUUGAUAAGCAGGGUUUCCAUGCAGGGACCCCUCCUCCCUUCAGCCUGCCAUCAGCGCUGGGGGGUCCAGGCCCUCUGAACCCUGGAGCAGCUCCUGGAGGCUAUGCACCAGCCCCAUUCCUCCACAUCCUGCCUCACCAGCAACCACACUCACAGCUGCUGCACCAUCAUCUAGCUCAGGAUGGACAGGGUGGUCCGAGCCAGCGCGGCCAGUCCAGCAGCCUGCAGCAGAAGAGCCAAGUCAACAAGUCGAGCUACGGCAGCUCCCCCUACUGGGCCAACUGAAGUGGCUAGAUCUACUGUGUAUGUGUGUGUGUACAUGGACAGGCACACACCUGCACAACAGCUGCGUAUCUGACCGACAAGAUCAUAGAGGGACAUACCAUUUUUCAACACAAGCUAAAACACACACACUACCACCCCCUACCCUUUGCUCUGUAUAUCCCCUUUUCAAAUUUAUGGCUGUUGUAUGUAAAAUAUAUUUAUGUAUGUAUUUAUACAGUAUAUAUGUAUUGGUAGGACAUAAAAUGUGGUUUUCUGAACUUUGUUUUUAUUUUGAAGGACAUUUUAUUUCAAAAAAAUGUGGAAAAGAUGAGAAUGCUAAAUAAUGGAGAUGAAGAUGGUGAAUAUACUUGAACACAAGCAUCUUGUGAUGUGGAUUUUUUUGUAUGCAUACAUGAACCGAGAAUGAUGUACAUAGAUUCUACACAUCAUUUUCACGGCAAAGGCCUUUUUUUAUUUUAGAAGAAAUAUGUUUUUGUAACUUUUGGUCUCCCGCAUCUGUGAAUCCUUAUAUUGAGGGUGACUUGAGUUGAUAGCUUGACUUUUCUUUUUUGCCCCAUUUCCCUCCGUCUCAUUCCUCGACUCUUACUAGUUGGUUGGUUUGACCAGCCAGGCCUUGGAUUUGAUGUCAUUUUAACAUUGAUUUAAUCCUUGUUGUCCAAAUUAAAAGUUAUGAACAGUU